AUUGCGCGGUAUCGCGAGUACAGCCCGAAAGCGGGCGAAAGUUAUAUAUACGAGUGAGAGGAAAAAGGUGAUUGCAGUGCUUAGUCGAACCUAGCCUCCCCUAUCUCCUGCUUUUAAUAAACCCCAUUCUCGCAUUAUCCUCAAAAACCAUCACCAGAAGAGAACGAUGAAAGCAGAUGAACAAAUGGUGGAGGAACAACCACGUCAGAAACAGCGAAGCCUUUGCAACAUCUCCGCUUUUUCCUUGUAUUGCUACGGUUCAUUUGGGGGCUUUUCGGAAAGAGAUGAGAAAGCAGGCAUUAAGAAAUCUUCAUCUUGUGGGGCAAAAACUAGUGAGAGAACCCAAGAGGAAAAACAACGUUAAGGAAAAAGGUGGAAAGCAGCGGCAGAAUUUCAAAGAAAAAGCUAAACAACUUGAAAGUAUUCAAGAAAGCAAAGAAAAGAAUUAGGAAGGUAGAAGUUGAGAUUGCGGAAAGGAAAGGCUAUACAAAGCGCUUGAAACAGUGGGUAAUGGAGGAAACAACAAUCAUGGAAAGUGCAAUCCUAGAGAUGGAAAUAGAAGUUGGUCGGGUGAAGGGAAUGAAUGGGAUGCUUUCUUUAAACAACCAAAUUAUCAAUGAUUAUAUUAAGAGUAUGUUAGGUAUUUUUUGAAGCUGAGGAUCACCUUAUUUCACCCUUAAUUCCAAUCUCUGUAACCCUUAGCAUGAAUAAGAAGAGCUUUAGGAAGCAAUGAUACCAUCAAGUUUUAAUAACUUGUAGACAAGGUUCUGAUUUAUGAAUCCGGGUUUCAUCAACUUUUGAUUUGUUCAUUUUUAGUUAUUUCUAGAUUGGGUGUGGGAGGAAACACUAUUGCUAUAUAUUUAAGAGAGAAUUUAUUUUAUUAAAUGAGAAGAAGGGAUUGUAUAAAACUAUGAUUUUACUUCAUUCUUAUCCUUUUUUUAAUGGGAGAAUGACAAAUUAGAUUUCUAUUUAUUUU